AUGAAAGGAAAAGGGGCGUGGCCAGGCCGCCGCGGGCCUCAGGGGACAGAUUCCGAAUACCUGGCGGAGCUGAGGGGCCGCUCUCCCGCCCUCGCCCUGGACCCUCCUGCCCUGCAUACUCCCCCGAGGCGGGGACCCCGGACCCCAGGGCUCCGGAGGACUCAACCAGGACUUUCCAAAAGUUGCCGCGGGGCCUUCCAAUCCCCUCGGCCAUCUCCCAAGUCUGGCCAGGCUGAUGGGGCCAGCAAGGAUUCUCUGCACCUCGACAUUCAGAAACUGAAGGAGAAGAGGGACCUGCUGGACAAGGAGAUCACCCAGUUAAUAUCUGAAGGCUACAAUGUGGAUGAACUGGAGGACCACAUCUCCCAGCUCCACGAAUAUAAUGACAUCAAGGAUGUAGGCCAGAUGCUGCUAGGCAAACUAGCUGUGAUCCGAGGUGUCACCACCAAAGAAUUAUAUCCAGAAUUUGGCCUGGAUAUGAAUGACUGAGCCAAGGCUCACAGCCCUUUGUCCACAGCCCAAUGGGACAGGCAGAUUUGAACAUGAGAGGCAGUGAGAGCCCGUCCAGCACACGCACAGGCUUCCCAGCGAGGAAGUGUCAGAAGCCUUUUUCUAGAGAGCUUGAUCUGAGUCACAAGGGAGCCCAGAGAAGAGACGGACAGCGAAGAAGAGCUGUUCCCUGCUCCAAGUUUCCUGAAAUGUCCCAGUGAUGUCUGUGUGUGUGUGUAUGUCUCCCAUUUGUAAAUAAACAUACAAGCAAUCUC